AGAAGAUGAAAGAUUAUCUUCCACUGGAGCUUCAGACAUGGAAGCGCUGUCACCAAAUCUGUGAUCUGGAGUGUCUCAAGGGCCAACUCAUAUAUGAUACUUGGUGGACCUGGGUUGUUCAGACAUGGAAGCGCUGUCACCAAAUCUGUGAUCUUGAGUGUCUCAAGAGCUAACUCAAAUGUGAUACUUGGUUGAUCUGGGUUGUUCAGACAUAUGGAAGCGCUGUCGCCAAAGCUUUUCAGAAGUGCAGCUUCCUCAUAUAUUUAAGUACUCUCCAUUCACCGUGUGGGUCGUCGGACGGACCUGGGAAAGAGCAACUUGACAAUAAGAUGGGAUCAUACGAUUAUCGUUUCUAUUCAUCCAUUCUCCAUUCUGUAUAAUAUACAUCAAUCUGUUGAUUUUUCAUCUACUUUAUGAUUUUUUUUACCUAUGCAGCGUUAAUCUUAGACUCUGGGAAAGAGCAAAUUCAUAACAAAAUCAACCGACUCCCUCAUAAGGCAUCAACUGGACGCCAUCUGUUGAACGGCCGAGCAGCAGUCGACGACGGCGAGUCCCGCCGGCGAUUCCUCCUCUUCCGCCACCUCCUCCCCACGCGCGCGCGAGGGGCAGCCCGCCGCUCCGGCCCCACCAGAUCGGCCCCACCUCGCCGCCCUCCCCUUCCAGAUCCUUCUAGACCUCUCUAGAUCCUCCGAGCGCGGGCGCGCGUGGGGGAGAUCUCGCCGGAGAAAUGGACAGGUCCAGCGCCCUCGAGUACAUCAAUCAGAUGUUCCCCACUGAGGCGUCGUUGUCGGGCGUCGAGCCGUUGAUGCAGAAGAUACAGAGCGAGAUUCGACGAGUGGACGCCAGCAUCCUCGCCGCCGUCCGCCAGCAGAGCAACUCGGGAACCAAGGCCAAGGAAGAACUUGCUGCAGCGACAAGUGCUGUUCAGGAACUAAUGCACAAGAUUCAUGAGAUAAAAACAAAGGCUGAACAAAGUGAAACAAUGGUUCAAGAAAUCUGUCGUGACAUAAAAAAGCUGGAUUGCGCCAAGAGGCAUAUAACAACUACAAUAACUGCUCUUCACCGUCUUACUAUGCUUGUUUCUGCUGUCGAGCAACUUCAGGUUAUGGCAUCAAAACGGCAGUAUAAAGAAGCAGCUGCACAGCUAGAGGCAGUAAACCAGUUAUGCAGUCAUUUUGAAGCCUAUAGGGAUGUGCCUAAGAUAACUGAGCUCAGAGAGAAAUUCAGGAACAUCAAGAAAAUCCUCAAAUCCCAUGCAUUUUCAGAUUUUUCAAGUUUAGGAACUGGGAAGGAAGCAGAAGAUGCCAUGCUAUUGCAGCAACUAUCUAAUGCUUGUUUGGUGGUUGAUGCAUUGGAACCAUCUGUAAGGGAAGAACUGGUAAAGAAUUUUUGCAGCAAGGAACUCACCUCAUAUAGGCAGAUUUUUGAAGGAGCAGAACUUGCCAAGUUAGACAAGACUGAAAGGAGAUAUGCAUGGAUUAAACGUCGAUUACGGUCAAAUGAAGACACCUGGAAAAUAUUUCCACCUUCCUGGCAUGUUGACUAUUUGUUGUGUAUCCAGUUCUGUAAGAUUACAAGGGCCCAGCUUGUCGAUAUCCUCAACAGUCUCAAAGAAAAACCAGAUGUUGCAACUUUGUUAUUGGCAUUCCAGAGGACCCUUGAAUUUGAGGAAGAACUGGCAGAGAAAUUCAGUGGUGGAACUACUGCUGCUCAAAAUAAAGAGUCAGGGAGUGACGAUGAAGAUGAGGGUGGAGAACACAAUAAAAUUGUUUCAGACAUACGGAAGAAAUAUGAGAAGAAACUGGCAGUGCCCAAUGAUGAAGCUGAACAAGACAAAGAAAAGCAGAAAGAUUUGUCAUUUCCUGGUGCUGGGUUUAACUUCCAUGGAAUCGUAUCUUCUUGUUUUGAACCAUAUAUGUCUGUGUACAUAGAACUCGAGGAGAAAUCUUUAGUGGACCAAUUAGAUAAACUUGCCCAGGAAGAAAGAUGGGAAAUAGAGGAAGGAAGUCAGACAAACAUUCUAUCAAGCAGCAUGCAGGUGUUCUUGGUAAUUAGGAAAAGCUUAAAGAGAUGCAGCGCAUUAACAAAGAACCAAACUUUAUUCAACUUGUUUCAGGUGUUUCAAAGAAUACUUAAAGCCUAUGCAGCUAAGUUAUAUGCCCGGUUACCAAAAGGUGGUACUGGUAUUGUUGCAGCUGCUACUGGUACUGAUGGACAGAUCAGGACCUCAGACAGGGAUGAGAGGAUGAUAUGCUACAUUGUCAAUACUGCAGAAUAUUGUCACCAGACAUCCGGUGAGUUAGCUGAAAAUGUCGCUAAGAUGAUUAACCCUCAGUUUGCUGAUAAGGUGGACAUGUCUGAAGUUCAGGAUGAAUUCUCAGCCGUGAUCACAAAAGCAUUGAUGACGCUUGUACAUGGGCUUGAAACCAAAUUUGAUGCUGAAAUGGUUGCAAUGACUCGUGUUCCAUGGGUCACCCUUGAAAGCGUCGGCGAUCAAUCAGAAUAUGUGAAUGGUAUCAGCUCUAUUCUGUCCAGCAGUAUUCCUGUGCUCGGUAGCCUGCUUUCACCUACCUACUUCCAGUAUUUCCUGGAUAAACUUGCCGCUUCUCUUGGGCCUCGGUUUUAUCUCAAUAUAUACAAGUGCAAGCAUAUAUCAGAAACUGGUGCACAGCAGAUGCUUUUGGACACUCAAGCAGUUAAAACUAUUCUCCUGGACAUACCAGCUCUUGGAAAACAGAGUACAGUUGCUGCUAGCUACUCAAAGUUUGUGAAUCGGGAAAUGAGUAAAGCUGAAGCACUCCUUAAGGUUAUUUUGUCACCAGUUGAUUCUGUUGCUAAUACAUACCGUGCUCUCCUUCCGGAAGGCACGCCUCUUGAAUUUCAGCGGAUACUUGACCUCAAGGGCUUGAAGAAAGCAGAUCAGCAAGCUAUCCUGGAGGACUUCAACAAGCACGCCCCUGCCAUCAUACACCCGACCGUGACUCCGACGGUCGUGCCACCAGUCGCCGCUGCAUCUGUCGCGAUUGCACCGGUCUCAACUCCGGCCAUUUCAAUUACACCAAGCAUGGCUGCCUUUUCGGGAGCCCUGGCUAACCGAGAGGACGUGCUUGCCCGAGCUGCAGCGCUUGGGCGGGGAGCAGCAACGACCGGGUUCAAGAGGUUCCUUGCAUUGACGGAGGCGGCCAAAGAUCGAAAGGACGGGCCGUUCCGCAAGCUCUUCAACGCGUAAAAUUUUGCCGGUGCUUGUUCAUAGUUUGCGCCCCUCUUGCAGUGCACAUAGAUAUAGCAAAUUCUUUCCACACUGUGUACACCUGUACUCUAACCUUCGGUGUAUAAUGAGUAAACCUUUUUGACAGACCGUCCCAUUUUGCAGAGAACGAAUUGUGACAGUUGUAUCAAGGAGAUUUUGAGAUAGGUUUAGCUAUGAGAUAACAAUUUUCUGGUUU